AUGAUACAUUAUUCUUUCUUUCUUGCUUCCUUGGUUCUUUCUUUCUACUUUUAUAUUGGUUCUUUUAUUUCUUUCUUACUGGAAUUUUAUUCUAUCUUGUUUUCAUUCUUAUUGUUUUUUCUUUCAUUUUCAUUUUAUUUAUUCAUUUGUUUCAUUAUUUUCUUGUUACUUUUAUCUUUUUCUUUUUAUUUGAUGUUUUCUUUCUUAUUUUUCUUUUUUACUUUCUUGCUUAUUAAUAUUUUUCUUUCAUUCUUAUGCAUAAAAUUUUAUUGGUUCUUUUCUUUCUUUUUUUCUUUUUUUUACUUGUUUGUUUAUUUCUUUCUUUCUUAUCCUUUUUAUCGUUUUCUUUUUUCUUUCUCCUUGGAUAUUUUUCUUUUUUUUUUUUUACUUGUUUGUUCAUUUCUUUCUUUCUUAUCCUUUUUUUCGUUUUCUUUUUUCUUUUUCCUUGCAUAUUUUUUCCUUCUUUUUUCUGUCUUAUUAGCUAUUCUAUUUUUUUUUAUUUUCUUAUGCUUCAUUCAUUUAUUUUUUGUUUCACUCUUAUUAUUCUUUUCCUUCUUUUUUCUUUAUUUCUUCUUAUUUUUCUUCUUUGUUUUUUUCUUUCAAUUUUUCUUUCUUUUAUAUAGGUUCCAUUGCAUUUUUUCUUCUUUCUUGUUAUUUAUUUCUUUUUCUGUGUUUACUUUUAUUUAUUGUUUUUCUUUCUUCUUUUUUUUUCCUUUUUUCUUUCUUUACUAUUACUUUUCUUCUCUCAGAUAUUUUCUAUACCCUUUUUUAUUUUCUGUUUAUUCAAUUAAACAUCUAGUUCCAAGAGAAAUAUCACUCCCUCGUAUUUUAACAAUUUUAUUAUUCGUCAAAUUUUUUUUGUUAUAUUCCUUCUUUGUUAUUCACACUCUCUCUCUGACCUUGCUUUAUUUAGAUCUCUUAUUUUUAUUGUUUUGUCUUCCUCUCCUCCCUCUGUUCACAGUAACUUUUUUUCUUUUUCUCUCUUUUGCAGUUUGUUUCUUUAUUGUUCUCAUUCUCUUUCUUUACCUUUUUUCUCUUUUUUUUAUUUUUCUGUAUCUUCCUCUAUUUCUUUCUCUCUCUCUCUCUCUCUCUCUCUUGAUUUUUCAAUCUUCCAUUCUCUCUAUUUUCUCUUCUUCACUAUCUUUCUCUAAUUUUAUCCUUUUUACUUUCUCUGUUUUCCUUGCUCUCUUUCUUUCAGUCCUAUUUUCUCUCCCUCCCUUUAAACUUUUCUCACUUUCUCAUUCUUUCUUUCAUUUUUCUCCCUUUCUUUCUAUUUUUUUAUUUUCUAUAUCUUUCUCCUUUCUUUCUCUCUUUUCCUCUAUUUCCCUCGGUCUCUUGAAUAUUCACUUUUUCCUUUUCUCUUCUUCUCUCUAUUUUAUCUUUCUCAAUUCUUUCCUCUGUUUCUCUCAGUCAUUUUCUUUCCUGCUUUUUUCACAUUUGCAAUACUACUUCAUUCUCUUUCUUUAUCUUUCUCUCUCUCUCUAUUUCACUUUUUUCUUUCUCUCUUUCUAUCUCCUUCUCUUUUUUCUUUCUCUUUCUUCAACCUUCCUGACAUUUCAUCAAUUAAGCAAUGACUUGAUAUUCACUGUUUCAUCAUUUGGAACGUGA